UUCGCUCUGCCUGUUUACUUUAUGAUGUCUAAAUGAAAUCCUCUUGAAAGUCCCAGUAAAGUGAAGUUUUAAAAGGAUAUCUGAAUAAACUGCUCCUGUCAUACUGUUCUGAUUCAGAGGAACACACGUUGUGGACAUGACUCGUGAUCUGAUGCUCGGAGAUGAACUCCCUGAUUGGGUGGGAGCCAAGGAGUUUCAUCAAAAGUAUGAGCCCAAGGAGGUAAUUGGCAGGGGUGUAAGCAGUGUGGUACGCAGGUGUGUAAAUAAACACACAGGACAGGAACUAGCUGUAAAGAUCAUUGAGAUCACAGCGGAGAAGAUGACUCCGCAACAGUUGGAGGAGGUUAAAAGCUCUACAAUAAAAGAGAUUCAUGUCCUCAGUGUGGUGAAAGGGCACCCGUCGAUCAUCACUCUUGUAGAUUCCUAUGAAUCAACAACCUUCAUCUUUUUGGUAUUUGACCUCAUGAGAAGGGGUGAGCUGUUUGAUUAUCUAACAGAAAAGGUCACUCUUAGUGAAAAGGAGACCAGGAGUAUGAUGCGUGCUCUUCUGGAGGCAGUUCAGUAUCUUCAUUCCCUUAAUAUCGUACACCGGGACCUCAAACCUGAAAAUAUCCUCCUGGAUGACCAGGGACACAUCAAACUGUCAGAUUUCGGUUUCUCAGUACAGCUGCAACCUGGAGAAAAGCUGAGAGAGCUGUGUGGAACUCCAGGAUAUCUUGCACCAGAGAUUCUGAAAUGUUCUAUGGAUGAAACACAUGAAGGAUAUGGAAACGAGGUUGACUUAUGGGCAUGUGGUGUGAUCUUGUUUACUCUUCUUGCUGGCUCUCCACCUUUCUGGCACCGCAAACAGCUGCUGAUGCUAAGAAUGAUCAUGGAGGGUCGUUAUCAGUUCAGCUCUCCAGAGUGGGACGACAGGUCUGACACAGUUAAGGACUUGAUCUCAAGACUUUUAGUUCUGGAUCCCACGGUUCGUCUUUCAGCUGAGCAAGCCUUAGCUCAUCCUUUCUUCCGCCAGUACCAGAGGGAGGAGGUGCGGCUCUUUAGCCCCAGAAAGACGUUCAGGGUGUUGAUCUUAACAGUUUUGUCCUGUAUUCGGAUGUAUUCCCGCUAUAAUCGGGCCAGACCUCUUACACGAGAGCUCCUGAUAAGAGACCCUUACUCUUUGAGAGCUGUGCGAAAGCUUAUCGAUGGAUGUGCUUUUCGCAUAUAUGGACACUGGGUCAAGAAGGGAGAGCAGCAGAACCGUGCCGCUCUUUUCCAGAACACUAGCAAAAUCCUUAUACCAGGUCUUGAGGAUCUUGACAGCUAGAGUAAUGUAUAUUGUAUGUCUAAAGAUAUUCCACACAUGUUUAUUAGAAUUUUAAUAAGAGUAUGUUUUAUUGUUACAGAUAUUCAUUUGGUCAGACGUCAGAUGCACACAGUCUAUUUUUAUGUUUCUUCUUAAUCACUGUGAUAUUAAAGGUGGAUGGUGCUUCAUUCAUACAAGCUUAUACUAGAAAGACCUCACCUUUUAUCUUUUUGGUAAUUUGUUUUUAAUAUUCACUGAUUUCAGUGUAUGAAUGUAUCUUCUGUUGGACCUUCAGACUACAGUUGCAGCUCUUCUUUGAACACAUUCACUGCAGACAGGGCACACACUGAGCUAUAGUGAACAGCUGAAUAAGCAAACACUGGACACCAAACGUGGAAUAUUUGGAUCAGUUAUCUAUAAUACAUGGACUUACGUUUCAGCCAACCAUUCCUUUUACAAUAUUAUUCCAACUAUCCAGCUGACCUCAUUUCAUCACUGCACACUUAAGAAUCAUUUUAAUGAAUGUUUUACAUUUACAUUUUAAUUUACAUGUUUUAUGACUGAGUACUGUAUUAACUAUUAAUUAAUUAAAACGUUUACUAUGUUACUACUCGAAGGAAAGCAGAAUUUUCAAAAUGCUGAUAUGCCUACAUUAAUCAUUUCUGGAAAAUGGAAUUGUCUGGUGCACAGCAGCAGUAAUGCAGAUUAUUCUUUCCAUAAAUGUAAAUUUGUAAUUAAAUAAAUGCCUUAUCAUUUUAU